UGUAACACGACAUGGCGUUUUAUUCUCGUGAAAUACAAAAUAAGAGUUGAUUUUAAGAAGAAAUGGGAAGUUAGUUUAUGAAGCGCUGGAAAUGACUCAGCUGCUGCGCGCAGAAUGAGGAUCGGUUAAAGUUGGAUAUUCAAAAAUAGAAUUCUGAAAAAGGGAAGCUGAAAUUUUAAAAGAAAAAAAGUUAAAGGAAGGUCGCUCUGUCUCAGAAACCUUCGUUUUUAUCCACCCUGAAUUAUAAAAUGUCUGCACAUCGCAGAUUGCUUUAUUUCAGUUACAAGCUGCCAGUUUUCAUCGUGCUGCUGGGUUUGCUGGUGGCCAGUUCAGUAUCUGCUGAUCCAGUCGUGAAUGGGACUGUUGGAGAGUCUGUUGUCUUGCCCGCUGGUUUGUCCCCACAGGAUAACCCAAGUGAACUUGAAUGGAAAUGGGGUGGAAUAAACAUUGCUGAUAAAGAUAAUAGUGAUGUAACAACUGACCAGUUCAGACAUAGGGUGCAUCUGAACAGAACAGACUGGUCUUUAACAAUCAAUCUGCUCAGAGCUGAAGACAGUGGAGAAUAUAAUCGUGUUGCCACAGCAGCUUCUGGACGUCAGCUCCCUACACACACUGUUACUCUUCGUGUUUAUGAAAAGAUCGAGUCAAAGGUGACGAGGAAACCAUCGCAUGAAACCUGCCGUGCGACGCUGCUCUGCACCACGAACCAACGAGAACACGUCUCCUACCGCUGGAAGAGAGGGGACCAGGAUUUACCUGAGCAUGCUGGGAUACUGGAGGCGUCCCUGAGCCCCGGAGAGAUUAAUGUUACUUUCACCUGCAUCGCUUCUAAUCCAGCCAGCAAGGCAACAGCGUCUAUCCGGGAGAGCUGUGCAGAUAAACCCUGGUGGCGCUUUGAUUGGUGGAUCUAUGCUGGAACAGCUGGGAUAUUGCUGCUGGUGGUUCUCAUUUCUAUUGUGAUUACUGUAGCGAUGCGCAAGAAGAAGAAACGCAGCGAAGCUGUGACAGAAACUCCCGAACAGAUGACUGUCUAUGCACAAAUUGAGAGAAAAAGUACACUGAGAAAUCAUCUUGAAAAGUCUUCAAAUGCCCAGCAGAGUGACAAUCUCCCAAUGACUGUUUAUGAGACUGUGAAUCUCGAACAGCUUGAAAAUUCUUCAUAUGCCCAGCAGAGUGACAAUCUCCCAAUGACAACUGUUUAUGCAACUGUGAAUCUCAAACAGGCACCAGGAAAGUCUUGUCACACGCAAAACAACGUGGUGAAAUUCAACCGAAAUGAGGAAACCUCACCUUAUCAAUCAGUUCAGUAGAUGGAAUCCUCAAGGGGAAUGUGUAUAUAUCAGUGAUCAUGGUUUAUCUUCAACAUUGCUUGUAACGUUCAUUCUAGACACAGACAGUGCAAUGUUCAUUUCAGCAUCUCUUGUUUUGUUUGAAUUACAUGCUAUCACCAAAUAUCAAUAUAUUCUUAAAAAAGAUGUGCGAACCCUAUUUGUUAAUUCUUGAAACAAAUUCAUGUUUACAAGUGUGGAGGUGUGGUAUCCAAAUUUCCAUUUAAUUCUCUGAAAUCUGGAACCCCCCCCCCCCCCAGAAGAUUGUGUGCGAUCGCAGUACAAUUAGCACUAGGGCCAUGCCAAGUAACCGGGGGAAACGGACACUCGUAACAAGUAUGGUAAUUGAUAUACAAGUAUAAAUCCUAAUAGCAUUUUCUUUUUUUCUCAAUAGGCCCAGUGCUAUCACCUUUAUGAAAGUUUUCUGUGGUACUAUGGUGAAAUCAAUAAAGCAUGUAAAACCAUAGUAAAACAUGAGCACAUUUUCAUUACUACAUAAACACCUUGAUGAUGAUACUUUACCUAGAUUGCUCCAGUAAAAACCCAACUGUAUAAAUGCGCAAUUGUAUGUAAAAAACAAUGUGAUAUCUGUAUAAUGUGAAAUAAUGUACAAUGUGAUAUCUUGUAACAAUUGUAAGUUGCCCUGGAUAAGGGCGUCUGCUAAGAAAUAAAUAAUAAUAAUGAGGUGCAUGAACUGAUCUGGAUGAUUAAUAAAGAGGGCACGUAUGAGAAUCAUUACUUUCAAUGCCAUAGAGGAAAGGAGGGGGCAGCUAUCCUCCUGCAGUUAACUCCUGCAAGUUAAUUUAUUGGCAAAGGCCAAAUAAUGUCAUGUGAAAAUAUGUAUAAUGUAGUAAUGUUGUCUGGUCGAAGUUUAAAUAAAUAAUCUAUCGUAUGAGUUUCCUGACUGUACUUCCAUGUAUUUCGUUACAUUUUCCUUUUUCCAAAAAUUGAGGACCGGAACACAUUUAAUAACAAAAUAAAAAGCUUUG